AAGCCCAUUCGAUUAUAUGUUCGUCUCCUUCUUCUUCCCCCUUGUUAUUGCUUUUCUUCAAUCCUCCCUUUGAUUUCUCCAGUCGGCGCCACCUCCUUCCUCAGAUGUAAAUGGAAGCUUGGUUUUUUGGUGGGUUGGCUCUCAAAUUCCAAAGGGUAAAAGGUUUUUUCUUCUUCAGCUAAUUCAUACAUACUGCACUAAUUCAGGGGUUAUGAGUGCCAAGCAGAUGAAACUACACGAAUAGGCACAUCAAGAAGAAACAGUGACAGAGGCGCAGCUGCUCCAGGGCAAUAAGGAGUCGAUCUGCUCCUACUCACUCAGAUGGAUAGUGUUUUUGAACUGCUGCCAAAUCAAGGUCACAGAUCCCACUAAGCUUUUGUCUGAAUCUUCACGGAACAAGAAGCGGUUCACCGAGGGAUAACGCCUAGAUAGGUGGGGGAAAUGCAACCACAAAGCAUGGAUUAUGGUCCGACUCAUUGAUCUCAUUCACCAUACAUGGGAUAUAGUUAUGCUAAACAGUCCAAUCCUAGGCACCAGAAAAAACCCUAUAUAAUGAAAAGUUGAACUUUCAUGGAAAAAGUAUGGAGAUUUAGGUAUUGUUUUCUGCACAGAGGGCCAACCCAAAUCAUCAAAGCACUGCGCAUGUUCCCAAUCUGCCACUUUUCAUCACCAAAGGUGUGUCCAACUAACAAAACCCAGGAAAAUUUCCCGAAAAUUUUUGACCGAGAAAGAAGUGAACUCAUUCUCAAUCAUCAAGUUGUGCAUUCCACUUUAUUGAAAUGCUCUUCUGAUUUGAUUGCACUGAGAUUCUUCUUGUGGUGUGCCGGACAACGCAAUUAUUUUCACAACAAGAUUGUGAUUGAUCACAUGGUUGGUGUCAUCAAGCGCAUGAUGGAACAAUACAGAACAGUUCAAUUGAUAAUUAGGGAACUAGAGAGCAUGGGGUGUGUUGUAAAAUCUCAAACGUUCUUACUCUUGUUGAGGAUUUAUUGGCGUGGCGAACUGUAUACAAUGGUCUUUGAGGCUUUUGAGUUAAUGGGUACUUAUGGUUUUAUUCCAAACACAUUUGCUCGUAACAUAAUCAUUGAUGCGUUGUUCAAAAUUGGGCAUGGGGAUUUAGCUAUUAAGUUUCUGAAAGAAACCCGAAGGCCAAAUUUUUUGACUUAUAACAUUGCACUGUGUAAUUUAUGUAAUCUCAAGGAUUUAUGUCACAUUCGAGAUGUGUUGAGAAUGAUGUUGCGGCAGGGAUAUCACCCAAAAGUUGAGACUUUUGAGAUGAUUUUGAGCUGUUUUUGCAAAAUGGAUAAUAUAGUGGAGGCGCAUCAAGUGUUGGGCCUACUGAUUACUUUGGGCAACGUUGUGUCUGUAAAUGUUUGGAGCAUGUUGAUGAAUGGGUUUUGUCGAUUGCAGAGACCUGAUGCGGCUGGUCAGUUAUUGGAGAAGAUGGUUGAGACUGGUUCUUCUCCUAGUAUUGUAACGUACACGACUUUAAUCAGAGGAUUUUUAAAAUCUAAUAUGGUUAGUGAAGCAUUCAAUAUUCUAAAUAUUAUUGAAUCUAAAGGAUAUGCCCCUGACCUCGUUCUUUGUAAUGUGUUAAUAGACUCCUUUGCCAAGGCUGGGAGGUGUGAUGAUGCCAUCAAUGUUUUUGUUAGCAUGCGAUCACGAAACUUGGCUCCUGAUUCUUGUACUGUCUCUUCAUUGUUAUCCACCAUAUGUUUGUCUAGGAGGUUUCAUCUGUUACCCAAGUUGGUUCGUGGACUUGUCAUAGAAGCUGACUUAUUGCUAUGCAACUCACUUCUCUGUUAUUUUUGUAAGGCUGGGUUUCCAUCUCUUGCCGUGAAGUAUUACAAUGAUAUGCUUGAUAGAGGUCUUAUACCAGAUAAGUAUACUUUCGUUGGAUUGGUAGAUGGGUUGUGUAAGGCAAGAAGAGUUGACGAAGCAGUUGAUGUGUACCAAGGGAUUCUCCGUAGUUUCCCUGGACAGGAUGCUUACAUUCAUACUGUGGUCAUGGAUGGGCUUAUAAAGGUUGGUAAGUUUAAUGCGGCCAUUAGAGUGUUUAGAAAAGCAGUUGCAGAGGGGUUCACACUUGAUGUUGUCGCAUACACAGUUGCCAUUAUUGGGCUCUUUAUGGGUGGUAGAGCUGGAGAGGCUUGGUCACUCUAUCGCCAGAUGAAGGAGGUCAGCUUGGCUCCUACUGCACAUACAUACAAUGUAAUGGUUUCUGGUUUCGUUAAAGAAAGAGAUCUUAAUAUGGUUAAUUUAAUGCUACAAGAGAUGAUAGAAGCAAGAGUAGAACUGGGCUCCAAUACUUUCUUGAGAUUAUCAAAAUUCCUCUGUAGACCAUAUCAUUCUGAUUCAGUUAUUGAACUAUGGAUUGAGAUGAGAAGUUUGGGUUUGAUAUCUUCCAAGGUAGUACAAGAAUUACUUUCCGACGAAGUAGCUGAAGGCGUGAAAGUAGAUGAUGGCCUCGUUGCAUUUUUAGGCGUUAGUUCAGAAACUGGCUUAUCUGUGGAGACAUCUGGCUCUGAAGACGUUUAUGAUGUGGCUGCUUCAAUGGGUUGAGAUUUAUAAUGGUUGAGAUCUGCCUCUUCAAUGUCUUCUCUUGGAAUUGAUGAUUUAAAUGGUAUUUCAGCUAGCAUGCUAAAGCUAGCUUCUAUAUUUAUCGGAGUUGCCUAGUGUGGGUGCCAUCCAUUUAUACUUCUCAAGAUAUGUACCUGGUCAACCAUCCUACAAACCAUCACUGGUUUGCCCAGUUUAUUAAAUUGUGAAUUUAAUCAUCAUAUUUCUGCAGAAUUUCUGAAGCUAGCACUUUAUGUUGUGGGGGAUUGUGCAUCUGCAACAAGUACGAAAUGACAGGCAAAACCAAGAAUUUCGCAAAGCAACAUGCUUGGUGUGGAGAAAAGCUCUAUUAGAGUUUGGUAUAUGUUGGCUGACAGAAGAGCCGCAAUGCGUCCGUAUCUUCACAGGCAGUUGCUUCUGCACUACCAUAUACGGGGAAUCAAAGAUAAACCUUCGUUUAACCUCAGAAUGGUGCAGUCAAAAAAGAAAACCUCAGAAUGAUGGGGUUUAUAUCAAAAGAUGUUCAACCUACCCGGAAUCCAAGUGCCAAAAUCUAAAUGACGAAGAGUAGGUUCCCCACAUUCCUAUUAGUCUUGGAUGAUAUGGUACUUAGCGUCCGCGCCAAAGCAUUAAGCCAACUCUCGGAAGCUCUGAGCAACCAUUGACGUGGUCAUCACUGCAGAUAGUGUAAGGAUCAGUUGCUGCUUUUGAAUCUGAUGGCAUGUAAUUCAUCGGCGGACGUGGGUUCGCAUACACCUAUCAUUGCCAUCACUCCUUGCACUUCUACUUCUACUUAGCACUUGGUUAGUUUCACGUUCGUCUAAGUGUUUGCCUUCGUCCCUAUCAUUUGUGUGUUAGAAUAUGAGUAUGAGAAGGUGAAGUUUUAGGGACCGGCUAUAGGUAUUCGAUUUGAUAGAAAAUUCUUGUUAAUAAAAGGAAUGCCAGUCCUUGAUGAAGAAGGAUUUCGUAUAGCAUUGAGAACAGUUCUUAUGGGAUGAGGAAACGAGUAUCUGUUUCCUAUAGGGAUUUUAAUAGGGAAUCCUAUUUGUUACGGAAAAGACUCUGUAUAUAUAUAGUGGGCCUCUCCUCUCACAGAACACAUGCUCAUCUUGGGACUUACACCUAUUGUAAGUCGAGUUCUUGAUUUUCUGCGAAAGGGGAGAAGGUCCGCUGAAAGCUUGGUGCCAUGGCAUCGAGUUCUGGAACCUCUGCAGGUAUGCUUCUCUUCUUAAUUCUCUCAUACAUGAACUGGUUAGUUCUUGUUAGAUUGGGAUUCGUGUUUUAAUCUUGGUUAGUGAGUUUACCCUUACAUGGCGAUCACAAUGCCAUCGUUCUCAUCCCUGUCUUUCGCUUCUGCUGAGCACUGGUUUAAUUUCACGUUCCCCAUCACGUUUGCCUUUGUUCCUAUCAUCUCCGAUCAACCCCCUGUAACUUUUAAUUCUGGUAAGCACUUGGUUAUGUUCACGUUUCCUCGUGAGGUUUUCCCUUGUCCCUGUCGUCGCCGAUCACAAUACCAUUGUCUCUAUAACCAUUAACCUUUGCAAAUUUUCAUCGAACUCCUCCUUUUCGGGCAAAACAAACUGGACAGUUUUCUUGCUUUUGCCUCCACCCAACUUGCUACUCUUACCAGUAGCUGCCGGGUUGCCCUGGGUGAGAAGAGGGUGGAUGUGCAGGAGUCGAAGAAGGAGGGGAAGCCCUGGGUGCGAAGGAGGGAGGAGGAAGAGGGUGGAUGUGCAGGAGUCGAAGAGGGAGGGGGAGCACUGGGUGCGGAGGAAGGGAGAAGAACCCAGAUUGAUGUUUUUUUUUUUUUUUUUUUUUUAAUUUUUUAAUAUCCACUUGGCAUCCCGUCAUUGUCCACGUAACGUUAUGUCAUCAAUUAAUGAUUAACUUAAUUACAACCUUAACGGAUGUAUGGAUCUAUUUAAUUUCAAGUAUCACUUUGGGAUAAAAUGGAUUCACACAGAACAAAUUCACCAUGACUGUUGUAUCUUCGGUCUAAUAGUAUAAAGUCAUUUAUAAA